UUUUGAAUGGGAGGCGUUGAUCAUUUCAGGGUUCGGUAGCGACGACUGGACAGUCUUUGUUGGCUUAGCACCUGCGCCUGAGUGAGACCUGUCCUGUGCUGUGACGUACUUCAUGGAGAGCAGGAGAGCAGCCUCCUGUACCUGUCUACCCUCGAGCCACUCGCAGACUGAUGGGAAAGGAGCCUCGCAGCAGACAGCUCCAAGGCCCAGGGGCCCUGAGGACACCUGUUUUGAGUUUGGUGUUUUUCCUGCCAUCUUGAGUUUCCCACUUGACUACCCACUGAGUCCUCCCAAGAUGAGGUUCACCUGCGAGAUGUUCCAUCCCAACAUCUACCCGGACGGCAGAGUCUGCAUAUCCAUCCUCCACGCGCCAGGCGAUGACCCUAUGGGCUACGAGAGCAGCGCCGAGAGGUGGAGCCCCGUGCAGAGCGUGGAGAAGAUCCUGCUCUCGGUGAGCCCAACGAUGAAAGUGGAGCUAACGUGGAUGCUUCCAAGAUGUGGCGGGACGACCGGGAGCAGUUCCACAAGAUCGCCAGGCAGACCGUGCAGAGGUCUCUGGGGCUCUGAGCGCGUGCAGACGCAGGACGGCCCGGGGCAGGUCCUCUGUGCCCUCAGGACACUCCGCGACUGUGCUGCCGUGCUGCUGCCAGAACAGGCAGGCUUGCAGAACCCGGCACUUCUUGUUUCUUACCUUUCCACCCCGUCAGGCUUCUCUUCUGGAGUCGUGCCCUACAUAGCGCACAGACAGCUUUGCAGUUCCCUAGUGUUCCUCCCCUGGGGUGUUCAGAAAGGGCGCCAGGCUGUCGCUGCCUCCCAGCCGCUGCGCAGUCCAUGCUCCCUCCUGCAGCUGCCGGGCACUGAGGCCUGUGCAGACCCGCUGCCUCACGCAAAGGCGUGGGCCUUUGCCACAGCGGGGAAGGGGCUGGCACACUUGCUACCCUGCCCCGGCUCCACGUGCCCGGUGAGGCGUCCAUGACGUCUGCUCUUGUGCUUUUACACACUGAGGUUGUUCAUACAGCCUCUUCAUUUGUGUGCAUUACAAUCACACUUAGAAAGACUUGCAGGGGUGCUUUGUAAACAGGAAUGGGGACAUAGCAGAAGGUUACUGCUGGCGUGAAGACCAGGGGCGGCUCUGGUUGCGUUUUCAGGGGAUGAGCGUUCUGUGGCCAGUGCUUGUGCACUGCUGGAGCGACACGGACGGUCUUCAAGCUCUAGUGACGUUUUUUCCUGACUCCGGCCGGAGUUUUUCUUUUCUGGGCUAAAAGCUGGGUCGCUCAGCACGGCACAUCGUGGACCAUUCUUUGCCCUUAAGGUCAAAAGGGACUCUGCCAUUACUUAUUCCCAGAGUGCAGAGGUGUGCCUUUCUCCAGCCCCAGGUGAGGAGGCACUUCUUUGCAAUCUGUGCCUCCGCUGUCUCUGAUAGCGACAGUGGAGCAGCGCGGCACCCUGAGGAACCACCACAAGCAAUAACAGACCUGCUGCACGGGAGCAGACCCCGCUGUUGCUCACAGGUUGCAUUUCGACAGCAGUGUGUUCCUGAAGUAAGAGGUGGCCUGUGCGACAUGCAGUAGGUUUCACUUCACGUUAGCCUCUCUCCUUCCCCUCCCCAGUGUGUCCAGUGGACGUUCGGGUCUUACAAAAACCUCACACCUCCUGGUGUUAACAGUUCCUGGUUCAGGGGCUCUGUGUUCAGCUUCUGCGGAGGUCAGGUGUGCUCCUUCUCCGAAACGUUUGAUGAUGAAUCAUUCAGUGUUUGAAACUCCGCUGCAGGACUUGUGCUUGGAAGGGUGGGGAGGCGUCGUACCACGGAGCGUUUGCAGGCCCCAGCGAGACGCAGCCUCUCCAGCGUGGGGAUGCUGCUGGCCUGCUUCAAGACCACCGGCACACAGUCACCUGUAGGCCUCCGUGGGGGUGGGGAGGAGCGCAGUCUCUUCACGAGACAUAGUAUUUUUAUUAAUUUGUAUUUAUUGGGUGAAAUGCAAUCCCGUGGUGUCCCUCUUAUGUGGUGGAAUUCGACUGCCAUGUUGAAAAUAAAGUUCUGUAUCCCCUCUCCUGCA